AGUAAUAAGUUAAACUAUAAAAAACUUAGACUUUUUAAAAUUAUUAAAAAAGUCUUAUUAAUUAAUUACGAAUUAAAAUUACUAAAUAUAAUACGAUACUACUUUAUUUUUUACGUUUUAUUACUCGAGCCUAUAUUAAGAAGUUUAUAUAUAAAAAAUUAUAUUAUUAUUAAACUAAACUAA